CCGUGGCGCCGCCUGCGACCCGCAGCUCGGUAGCCGCACUUCGGGGGCUUCGGCUGCCCCUCCGAUCCACGUAGGGCUCGAGCCCGUGCCUCCUUGUGAACAGCGUGCCUGGCUUCGCAGCACGGGCUCACCGGCUGACUGGGCUUCUCGCGCCGAGGCCGCCGCAGUGACCCCGCCCCCGGGCCGAGGAUGUGAGGCGGACCGGGCGUCCCCACACCGCGCCCGGGCGCCGGGAGUGGGCGUCUGGGCCGCGCCGGGUGAUGGCCCUGCUGCCGGUGCUCCUCGCCUCCUGGGGUCUGGGGCAGUGAGGGGGCCGGCGGGCGUGGCCGGAGUGGCAGCGGGCGCCAUGGAGGGGGUGCUGUACAAGUGGACCAACUAUUUGAGCGGUUGGCAGCCUCGAUGGUUCCUUCUCUGUGGGGGAAUAUUGUCCUAUUAUGAUUCUCCUGAAGAUGCCUGGAAAGGUUGCAAAGGGAGCAUACAAAUGGCAGUCUGUGAAAUUCAAGUUCAUUCUGUAGAUAAUACACGCAUGGACCUGAUAAUCCCUGGGGAACAGUAUUUCUACCUGAAGGCCAGAAGUGUGGCUGAAAGACAGCGGUGGCUGGUGGCCCUGGGAUCAGCCAAGGCUUGCCUGACUGACAGUAGGACCCAGAAGGAGAAAGAGUUUGCUGAAAACACUGAAAACUUGAAAACCAAAAUGUCAGAACUAAGACUCUACUGUGACCUCCUUGUUCAGCAAGUGGAUAAAACAAAAGAAGUGACCACAACUGGUGUGUCCAAUUCUGAGGAGGGAAUUGAUGUGGGAACUUUGCUGAAAUCCACCUGUAAUACUUUUCUGAAGACCUUGGAAGAAUGCAUGCAGAUCGCAAAUGCAGCCUUCACCUCUGAGCUGCUCUACCGCACUCCACCAGGAUCACCGCAGCUGGCCAUGCUCAAGUCCAGCAAGAUGAAACAUCCUAUUAUACCAAUUCAUAAUUCUUUGGAAAGGCAAAUGGAGUUGAGUACUUGUGAAAAUGGAUCUUUAAAUAUGGAAAUAAAUGGUGAGGAAGAAAUCCUAAUGAAAAAUAAGAAUUCCUUAUCUUUGAAAUCUGCAGAGAUAGACUGCAGCAUAUCAAGUGAGGAAAAUACAGAUGAUAAUAUAACAGUCCAAGGUGAAAUAAUGAAGGAAGAUGGAAUAGAAAACCUGAAAAAUCAUGACAAUAACUUGACUCAGUCUGGAUCAGACUCAAGUUGCUCUCCAGAAUGCCUCUGGGAGGAAGGCAAAGAAGUUAUCCCAACUUUCUUUAGUACUAUGAACACAAGCUUUAGUGACAUUGAGCUUCUGGAAGACAGUGGCAUUCCCACAGAAGCAUUCUUGGCAUCAUGUUAUGCUGUGGUUCCAGUCUUAGACAAACUUGGCCCUACAGUGUUUGCUCCUGUUAAGAUGGAUCUUGUUGGAAAUAUUAAGAAAGUAAAUCAGAAAUACAUAACCAACAAAGAAGAGUUUACCACUCUCCAGAAGAUAGUGCUGCACGAAGUAGAGGCGGAUGUAGCCCAGGUUAGGAACUCGGCGACUGAAGCCCUCUUGUGGCUGAAGAGAGGUCUCAAAUUUUUGAAGGGAUUUUUGACAGAAGUGAAAAAUGGGGAAAAGGAUAUCCAGACAGCCCUGAAUAACGCAUAUGGUAAAACAUUGCGGCAACACCAUGGCUGGGUAGUUCGAGGGGUUUUUGCGUUAGCUUUAAGGGCAGCUCCAUCCUAUGAAGAUUUUGUGGCCGCGUUAACUAUAAAGGAAGGUGACCACCAGAAAGAAGCUUUCAGUAUUGGAAUGCAGAGGGACCUCAGCCUUUACCUCCCUGCCAUGGAGAAGCAGCUGGCCAUACUGGACACUUUAUACGAGGUCCACGGGCUGGAAUCCGAUGAGGUGGUAUGAUGGCUGCUGGGCAGCACCUCCUAACUUCAGGGAUUAAAGUGCUAAAGUGUUUUGUUGCCCUACUUAAUUUCCAGCAACAGCCUCAACCCUCUCCAACCCCUUCACUUUGGGGGAUGGACAGGAGGAGGCAAAACCCAGUGCUUUUAUAAUUUUUAAAAUGCGUAUGUGUUUUGUUUAAAGAUCAAGGUGCUAUAUAUUUCAGUUCAGCAGGCCUACUGGAAACCAAAUGAUAAGCUGCUGUAGACUUGAACAGCAAGUUAUAAGAGCAGACUUAACAAACAAAUUUGCUGUUAUUGUGUAUUGUAUUGUUUUUAUAUUUUAGUUCUAAUGGGCCACCCAAACCCAAGCUGAAAAUCAACAAAACCCAUAUUAAUCCAUAAUUCAUAGUCAGUAUUUCAGCCAACUUAGACUAGACAUUUGGAGGUAGUAUAAGCUGCUUUGUUGAAGCUGUGUAGAGUUUGCUGUUCCUAGAUGUUCUUCAGUGGACCUUCUUCAUUGCAACUCUGUCAGUGAUAAGGGCCUGUGUAGUAAGGAUGUUCAGGGCAUUCACGUGACAAUGCAAUUGUGGGAGG